GGGAAAAGCGGUGAUGCCUCAGGCCGCAAUGGUGGUGUCCGACACCUCCAACCUUGAGGUAUUACACCCAAGCCUACCAUCCCAUCAUCAAUCUCUCCUCGUAUCUACGGAUACUUCGUCACAUCAAGCAUGGAGAAUGGUCAUUCGUCGCUGCGCGAUUACGACCUGUCCGUUCCCCUUGAAUCCCGAACCGGUCUCCGGCAGGGCCUAGCAAGCUAUGGCGAUGACAAGUUCUCCCUCUUCCUCCGUAAAGCCUUCAUCAAAGCUGCCGGCCUCAGCGAUGACUCUCUUUCCCGGCCCAUCAUCGGCAUCACCAACACCCACUCGGGCUUCAAUCCAUGCCAUGCAAAUGUGCCGCAACUCAUCGAGGCUCUCAAGCGCGGCAUCCAUUUGCACGGCGGCCUGGCCAUCGAAUUUCCUACCGUUAGUAUCCACGAAAGCUUCUCCAGCCCAACGAGCAUGUACCUUCGGAACUUGAUGGCGAUGGACACCGAGGAGAUGAUCCAGGCGCAACCCAUGGACGCCUGCAUUUUGAUCGGCGGCUGUGACAAGACGGUUCCCGCCCAGCUCAUGGGGUCCAUUUCGUCCAACAAGCCCAUCGUUCCCAUCGUAACUGGCCCGAUGAUGCCAGGAUCGCAUCGCGGUGUCCGCUUAGGCGCCUGCACGGAUUGUCGUUCGAACUGGGCAGCGUAUCGUGCGGGCGAGAUUGACAUCGAAGACAUCUCGUCGCUAAAUGCCGAGUUGGUUCCGACUGGGGGAACAUGUGGUGUGAUGUUACGUACUUGCUUCACAAUGGCAUGCAUCACAGUUGCACUGGGGUUGAUGCCUUUCAACAGCGCCACCGCUCCUGCGGUGUCUUCGGCGCGUCUUCGGGUGGCUGAAGAGACCGGCGCUCGGGCAGUAGAGGUGGCCAUGUCGCAACGCCGACCGCAAACGAUACUGACUCGGGAAUCCUUCUUGAAUGGCAUUACCGUUCUGCAGGCUAUGGGCGGGUCAACUAACGCUGUGGUGCAUCUCCUCGCAAUCAUCAAUCGACACCCGGCCGUCGCCGGCUCGAUCACGCUGGAUACAUUCGAUGAGAUUGGAAGAAACACACCCUUGCUCGUGGACUUGAAACCCAGCGGCGACAAUUACAUGACCGAUUUUCAUAAUGCAGGCGGUAUGCGAGCUCUUCUGGAGGCUUUGCGACCAUUGCUGUAUCUGAAUGCCAUGACAAUCUCCGGGAAGACGCUCGGCGAAGAGCUGGACGCACAGCCAUUCAAGGGCUUCCCUUACUCUUACGAGAUUGUCCGGCCUCUAUCCGACCCACUCCACCCAAACUCCUCCUUAGUGGUGGUGCGCGGGAACCUCGCGCCCCAGGGGGCUGUGAUCAAAGCCUCGGCGUGCAAGGAACGCCGCCUGUUGUCUCACUCUGGUCCCGCCGUCGUGUUUGCAAACACUGCCGAUCUUGCUGAGAGAAUCGAUGAUCCGGCUUUGCAGGUGUCAAAGGACUCUGUUCUCGUCCUGCAGAGUAUUGGGCCUAUUGGUCAUCCGGGGAUGCCAGAGGCGGGAAUGCUUCCGAUCCCACAAAAGUUGUCGAAAGAGGGGGUGAAGGACAUGGUAAGGAUCUCCGACGGCCGAAUGAGUGGUAGUGCCGGAGGGACCAUUGUCCUCCAUGUCUCCCCGGAAUCAGCCAUGAUAGACUCGCCACUGGGCAUUGUCCGGGACGGAGAUAUGAUCCGACUUGAUGUUGAAAAGCGAUUGCUGGAAGUUGCGCUGUCUGGAGAAGAGAUCCAGAGAAGGAUUCGAGAGCGCGAGACUAAUCUCGACGAGCGGUCUCGCCAACUUGGCAAGCGAGUAAUGACCAAGAAGCGUGGGUACCGGGGCCUAUAUGAGAGCCGAGUGAAUCAGGCCGAGCUCGGGGCGGACUUUGAUUUUCUCACUGCAGACGGCGCCGAGGUAUUGUAG